AUGAUGAUAGGUUAGUCCUUAUUUUGUCGGCGUUUUUGUACCCUUUUCAACGGCACAUCUAUAUAGGGCGUGUUGGAUAACUUCCAGAACGUCCGAGAAUGAUUACGUAAUUAGGUAAAAUACCAUUGAUGCGAGUUUUCACAUACAUUUCGGGAACAGAGAUUUAGGGUCAGUUCAGUUGCACCAAAUUACACAGUUUUACAAUUUGCCGAAUCUUACGAUGGGCUGCCGAGAUACCUAGUCGUCGUUUUGCUCUUAUUUGACUGUGUGCAAGUUGGCAACAGCCAUUUAGUUUGGAAAUGCCGUCCCAAGCGUCCCACGAAAGUUCAUAUUUUCAUCAUGCCGCGCGUUGGCGUCGCUUCUAUUUCCCUCAACACCGACUUCGCACUUAGCCAAUAUCGUUCAAUUAUUUAUGUUCACGUACAAUUCCACGAGUAGGCAUGCAUGGGACGCGUGUGCUUUCAUUCAUAGUCGCGAAUCAUGCCCUGGCGUAUACAAACAAACGCGUGGGGCACACUACAUACAUAUACAUACAAUUGUAAUUAGCUGUCUAACAUUUCAAGCAUUCUUAGUUCUCGUCAGGCGCUCGGCACGGACGGUUGAAGUACCAACAGCAAUAUUUAUGGGUUGUUUUGUGUGGCUUACUCGCUGCGCCAAGAAUGAGUCAGUAUUCUCACAUUACAACUCGAACCCAAAAAUUACAAUGGAAGACAAAGUUCUUACAGAAGAAACAUGGCCACAAGAAGCCGAGGCGGCGAUCAACGAUAUACGCAAACACGUGAAAUCUGCCAACGUAUCGACGCAGCUGAAGAACGAUAACCAGCGGAUCUACAUCAACCUGACGACGCUGGAGAACUCAGACUAUUGCGUGGAGAUGUCCGCGGCUGGGUUCCGCGUCGUGGGCCGCACCUAUGACGAUACCACCCUCGCCAUCAUCGAGAACAUGAAUUACGAGACCCCCUACGCUUUGCUCAACAGCAUCAGCCAGAAAUACAGGGAGUCGUUUGGCGGUGAGUUGAUGAACAAGCUACUCGAUCUCGCUAAAAAGGAGACUUGAAUUUUUCGCGUUUGCAAAUUUUAGAGCUUAUUUUGUAGUAAACAGCCUUACUAGACAUAGAUGUCACAUACACGAGCUUUUGGAGAUAUAUUGUUGAGUUUCCGAAUUUUCGAGGGUUGUUUAAAGUGAUAAGAAGGUUGUACUUGGCGACUGUCGCAACGGUCAGUAUUUAUCAGUGCUAUAAUGUAAUUAAAACUAUAAAUUAGACCAAAUUAGGAUAAAUUGUAUUCGUAAUAGUGUUUCUCGAGGUACAAUUACCGACAUUUUCGAUUCAUUAUUGCAUUGAAGGCAUGUUUACAAUAUAAUUUACUACUUAUAUUAAUUGUUUAGGCAUAUAUAAAUGUAUAUAAUAUAUAUGUAUGUAUAGUCAGCGGCAUUAACAUCUCACAAAAAAGAAGGCUGCUUAAAUAUCUGACACACCCUUAUGGCUCUAGAAAUAAUACUGUAUCAGAUAUUAUUUCGGCCAUAUUUUUUACGAAGUUAUUGCCGGUGACUAUCAAAUACCUACGCUCAGAUAAAAAACAUUUAUUCAUGACGAUCACAUAACAUGUACGGACAUGUACAGACAUCAAACAUAAAAUGGCAAAGAACAAAAUGACAUAAAAGUGUUCAUCACGAAAUGGACCCAACUCAGCAUGA